CAUCCUCAUUUGGUGCAUUGUCUUUCUAAUCCGCUCUCAGUAAUCCGUCAUUUCUGCUGAGCGACGUGGAUUGGAUAUGACUACAUUAAACGUAUAUGCUCAUAGACUGGGCGAUCCAGCUUUAGACAUAAAGCUGAAAUGUACCAUUGCGAGUGAUUUGAGAGACCAAGUGGAGGUUUUUCAGUCGUUAGAAUACCCCAGAUUUCUCUCGGUCUUAAUGCCCGUGUUUCUGGACAAUCUUCGCAAUGGCACGCCUGUGUUCGUUAGCAAUUCACUUGAACAGAAACUACGUAACACGAUACUUGAAAUUCUACAUCGCCUUCCUCAAACUGAACCAUUGAAAGAGUACGCACCCGAAUUAUGUCGCACUCUUUUGCAGCUGAUGCGCGUUGAAAAUGAAGACAACGCUGUGGUUUGCGUCAAAAUCAUCAUUGAUUUACACCGAGCUUUUAAACAUGUAUUGGAAGAUCAAGUUCAGCCAUUCCUUGACGUCGUUCAGGAAAUAUAUCAAAACAUGGAUCAGGCCGUGAAAGAUGCAUUUGACAACCCCGGAACUCCCGCAAGUGCUGCAACACCUGGACAGCAUCCUCUCGUAGCAGCAUCUCCAAGGCCAAUGUCACCAGCUGCUGAUUUCACCGAAACACCUUCCAAGAUGCUCGCUAAAAGUUUGUACAGCUUCAAAGUGUUGACAGAAUGCCCAAUUAUUGUCGUCCUACUAUUUCAAUCACAUCGCAAAUUCGCUAGUGACAAUAUUGUUAAGUUUGUCCCACUCAUUAUCGAUACUUUGGGACUUCAAGCUCGACCACAACUAGAGGCUGCUAAUGCUGCAAAGGCUAAGGGAGAAACUUUUGUUGGAGUCAGUCCUGCAAUCAAGAACAGAUCAGCUUAUACAGAGUUUAUUGUUGCGCAAGUGAAGACUAUGUCUUUCUUAGCCUACAUUCUCAGAAGCUAUGCCGCCCUUCUUCGCCCCCAUCAAGCCACCAUUCCUGAGUUUGUGAUAAGACUACUGAAGGACUGUCCUCCAGAAGCUUCAGCUACAAGAAAGGAAUUACUUGUUGCAACACGGCAUAUUCUUUCUACAGAUUUCCGUGUAUCGUUUGUACCAAAGAUUGACGUUCUCUUGAACGAGAAAGUACUUGUCAGCACAGGUGUCACAUCUCAUGAUACUCUGAGACCUUUAGCCUAUAGCAUGUUGGCAGAUCUUGUCCACCAUGUUAGGUCAGAGUUGACUCCAGCACAGUUAUCGAGAACCGUAUAUAUUUACUCUCGCAAUUUGCAUGACCAAUCAUUGGCCCCUAGUAUUCAAACUAUGUGUGCAAAGCUGUUGUUGAACUUGAUCGAUUGUAUCACCAAGAUACCAAACAAAACGGAAGCUCGAGACCUACUGAUUAGGAUAUUGGAUUCAUUUACAAGCAAGUUUGCAGCAUUGAACUGCUUUUUUGAUGUUUCAUUGAAGCAAUAUCAAAAGAAGAAGUCGCUUGAAAGUACAACCGCUGGUGGCGAGGAUUCUGAGACGGAUACGAAAAGCGCUCUUGCUGAAACUACCAGUGACACCAAGCCCACGACCAUUGAUGAGAAUGCUAGCUCUGAUGAUUUUGAUUUCGAUAAAUCUCGCUCUAUCCAUACAACACUCUACUCUCCCGAUUCGGUCCAUGAUGGAAUUAAGGAUGGUCGAUUUCUGUUCAAGAAUCUGGUUGCUGGUUUGAAGGCUAUUUUGGCCGGUCUUAGACAUUGCAAUCCACCUCCACCUCAAGGUCAAGACACAAAUCCACAAGUGUACGCUCAAUUUGCCAGAGGCUUCACUCAACCAGAAGUUGAUAUUUUCUUGAGACUCUUCCGUGAAGGUCUGAACUGUUUUGACUACUACAAUGCUGACAACUAUGGACCAGAUGGGUCAAUUCCCGUAUACCCCGGCUCCAGUGUGAAGGAUGACAGUGAUAGUAAAGUUGUUGCUGUUUCUGCUACGGCCACUGCCACUGACAAUUCGUCCAAGCUGGGACCUCAAACAAAAGAAGAGAAGGAAGUUUUGGAUAUGUUUUCAAUCGCAUUCACCUUGGUUGAUCCGGCAGUGUUCCAAGAGAUUUUUGCCUCACAGAUUGAAUUUUUUUUCAAGAAAAUGCUUGUGAACACAUCUCUCAUUCAUAUUCCACAAUAUCUUCUAGCAAAUGAUGUUGUUUCCCAAGGCUUUGCCGGUAUACUUUUCCGCUUUCUCGUUGAUAGGAUGGAUCAGCUUGGUGAAGCCGACACACAUUCAUCGAAUGUCAUGUUGCGCUUGUUCAAAUUGGCCUUCAUGGCCGUUAACAUGUUCCCAGACGCGAACGAGUCAGUUCUACAACCGUAUCUAGGUAACCUUGUCAUGACGUGUCUAAAGCUCUCUGCAAAGACCAAGGAGCCGGGAAAUUAUUUCCUACUUUUGCGAGCCUUAUUCCGCAGCAUUGGUGGAGGUCGUUUCGAACUACUGUACAAGGAAGUGCUUCCCCUCCUACAAGUCUUGUUGGAAAAUCUCAAUUCUCUUCUGACGAUCGCUCACAAGCAACAUAUGCGUGAUCUCUUUGUCGAACUUUGCUUGACCGUGCCUGUUCGAUUGAGCGCAUUACUUCCCUAUUUGCCAUAUCUGAUGAGACCUUUGGUCCUAGCCCUACAAGCCGGCCCCGAUCUGGUCAGCCAAGGCUUACGGACGCUGGAACUCUGCAUAGACAACUUAACUCAAGAAUUCCUAGACCCCAUCAUGGCACCUGUUGUCAACGACUUAAUGAAUGCCUUAUGGAAGCAUUUACAACCAUUGCCAUAUAAUAAGCUUCAUAGCCAUUCAGCUAUGCGAAUCUUGGGAAAGCUUGGUGGCCGAAAUCGCCGUAUGAUUAAGGAUCCUCCCAAGCUUGAAUAUCACCAGCGAACGGAGAAUGGAGUUGAUGUUGACGUCCUGUUUGAUUCAGUAUCAUCACCUCAGAAUUUGCCACUUGAUGAAUGCUUGGCACUUGCUAUUUCAACCUUGGAAAAAGAGGAUGCUAGUAUUUACUACAAGCGUAAAGCGUAUGAAUAUCUCAAGACUAGUUUAGCAGUUAUGCUAGAUUUAGAUACAGGCUCAGGUCACCUUGCACAGUCUAUUCAUCAAAGAAUACAGGAGCAGCUGUUAGCAGUGACAGAAGCAACUGACUCACAACCCGCGAAACCCGUUGGCGAAACUACUGGUGGAGAAAACAUGGAAACCGAUGAGGAAGAAACCAUUGAAACUGUGGCUGAUAUAAGCAAAACAGACAACAAUCAAAGCUUAGUCAAUAAUGCGCAUGGCAAGAAGAUGAACAAACGACAUGCUGAAGAGGAAUCCUUGCGUAAAAUCCUUGGAACUUUUUUCACUGCUAGUGCUAUCCCUGAACUCAAAGAGGAUGCAUGGACCUUCUUUCAAAAUAUUUGCCGCCAUUUCCUUCUGCUUCAUAUCGCUGAGCUUGUAGAAUCUAAGGAAGUUGGAUCCAAGAAAUCUUUUGCCGAAAUGAUGGAUGACAAGCUCUCCUACCAACACCUUAACACUACGAUUAUUGUAGAUGCCAUUGUAGACGUCAUGACGUCAGAAGAUAAGGAUAUGCAAAAGCUUGCUGAAUCCGCCCUGCAAUACUGUUAUGAUAUUGCUGUGACCAUGCUUGGAGGCAAGGAACAUGUUGGCAUGUUGCCCAUAUUCAAGGUGUUCGCUUCCCAGUUCUGCUCGUGCUGUUACAAGCAAGAAUGGUACAAGAAGAGCGGCGGAUGUCAUGGAAUCUCCAUGCUUAGUUCACAGCUCGAUAUGGGAAUCAAGUGGAUGCGAGAACUUGAACUAGAAUUUGUUCGAUCCUUGCUUUUUGUUCUCAAAGAUGCAUCACCUGAAAUGGCAACUAUUAAUACAUCUGACGCGACGGAAACAUUAUCACACGUACUCAAAGUCUGCAACAGACCAGAGGAUGAUGAAUCCCAAGAUGCCAGCUACAAGUUUCAGCACCUGAUAGCUCUUUUGAUUACGGAACUUUCAAACUCCAACAAUGCCGUACGCGAAACCAUUCAAUCUUCAUUCCAACUCCUUGCCGAUCUCACUGGAAACGAAGUGACAGAGCUACUUGCGCCUGUACGUGAACGAUUGGUCAGUCCAAUUUUUGCAAAGCCAUUGCGUGCUCUGCCAUUUGCCAUGCAGAUUGGUCAUAUCGAUGCCAUCACCUACUGCCUGACUUUGCGCCCUCCAUUCUUGGAAUUCAAUGAUGAAUUAGUUCGAUUGCUACACGAAGCCUUAGCUCUCGCUGACGCAGAAGAUCAAGCUCUUGUCAGUCGCAGCUCACAAUACAAAAAUGCCACGUCCUUGAUGAACUUGCGAAUUGUUUGUAUCAAGUUACUUUCCGCUGCUAUGGCUUGUUCAGACUUUUCAAAUCAGCGACAGACAUCAACUAGAGCGCGUAUCAUACAAGUCUUCUUCAAGUCGCUAUAUUCUAAAUCACCAGAGGUUGUAGAAGCUGCCCACCGUGGCCUCAAGCAAGUAUUGGCACAGCAGCAUAAGUUGCCAAGGGAAUUGUUGCAAGCUGGUUUGCGACCAAUCCUCACCACACUCUCAAACCACAAAACCUUGAGUGUAGCUGGUCUUGAAGGCCUUGCUCGACUUCUUGAAUUGUUGACAAAUUACUUCAAAGUCGAAAUUGGCAAGAAAUUACUUGAUCAUCUUCGUCAAUGGGCUGAACCGCAAGUUCUUCAAGAGGCUGCAGGCAAGCCUCUUAGCGAAAACCACGAAAUCAAGAUCAUUGUAGCCAUCCUGAACAUUUUCCACUUGCUUCCGGUUGCUGCCAAUGUAUUUUUAGACGAUCUUGUCACAACUGUAUUAGAAAUGGAGGGACACCUGAGACGAUCACUUUCCAGCCCGUUCCGACCGAAUUUGAUCAAGUAUUUGAAUCGAUACCCAUCUGAUUCCGUGGCAUACUUCUACGAUCGCCUAGGCAAUCCCAAGUGCAGCCGCUUGUUUGUCGAUAUUUUAGGGACAGAAAGUGCAUCCCAGCUGCGAGAAGAAAUCGCCAAGGCUCCCGCUGAUUUAAUAGCUAGAACCUUUGGAAUGGCAGAUGCUGGCAACAUGCAAUUCCAAGGCGUAUUGAUCGUUCGUGAAAUCGUACAGUACGACAAUGAUUGGUUAGCCCGACAACCAGCUCUGCUUGAAUGUUUGCUCAGCAUGUGGCGCUCUGUUGGAAGGGUCGAGCGCAUGAAGAAAGAGGAUGCACAAGGCAUCAUGGCACUUAGGGAAUCACAAUAUCUUGUGGAAAUCUUCAUCAACCAUUUGCGCGCUCACCAUUCCGCCAAUGAGAUUGAGUUGAUCUUUGAAAUGGUCACUCUUUUUACGCAUGAAAGUGUCAUUGAUUCUUCAAUGCUACGAAAGUUCCUCCAAGAAGAGGUGGCUGUCAAAUACAAUCCACAACAGAAGCGCAGUAUUCUGGAAAGAUUUUUGACGCAAUUCUCGGAUGCAUCUAUCUCACCAACGCUAAAAAUGAUGACUCUGCGGUAUGUGGUUAACCCUGCUCUGCUUGUUGCCCUAACGCACAAACCAGAAGGCUAUGAGGAGAUUCUCAAUUCCGAUAUGAUGGAUCAAAUGCUUUACAAAGUAUGGGGCCAGUUACUCACCGAGAGCAACGAGGAUAAUCAAUACUCUGAGGAUUCUCUGCGUAUCGAACUCCUUCAGAUGACCGCGAUGAUCAUUCAAUAUGCUCCAAAGCUGCUUGCUGAUGCUCGCAAAGAAGUUAUCAAGUUUGGCUGGAACUAUUUGAAAUUAGAAGAUGCUACUGGAAAGCACGCUGCAUAUGUGCUCAUCUCUCGAUUCAUUGCUGCUUACGAUACGCCUAGCAAGAUUGUCAUUCAAAUAUAUGCUGCAUUACUUCGAGCGCAUCAAUCAGAGGCACGUACUCUAGUCAAGCAAGGUCUCGAUAUUCUAGCUCCUGUCUUGCCUCAAAGAAUUACUGCUACCGCUGCGGACCAUUUCCCAACUUGGGUUCGACUUACUCGUAGAGUUGUUGUUGAAGAUGGACAUAGUGUUUCUCAAUUGGUCAAUGUAUAUCAGUUACUUGUGAGACAUCCUGAUUUGUUCUACGACUACCGUGAGCACUUCUUGCCACAGAUUGUCAACACCUUGUCCAAGCUUGGCUUGCUCCAAAGCGCAACACCAGAAAACAAGGCGCUGACGGCUGAUCUUGCUGAAUUGAUUUUACGAUGGGAAAAACGUAGAAUUGCUAGCCAAGCUGAGACUGAAGCAAUGGAAGAGGAUCCUCGCUCACCAGAGCAUUCCAGCCCAGACCAUCCUCGCAAGAAACAGCAAGUCGAGAAACCCAACGGUGAUGUGAAAAGCGUUGCAGUCGACUCUGGCAAGGAAUAUAUACCUAGCUUGCAACUUCGUGAAAACAUUGUCAGCUACCUUGUUCGUUUGGCCUGUGCCGUGGUCAGUCCUACUGAUCUGCUUCAGAAGAAGCUUGUGCAGCGUAUUCUCAAGCUUAUCAAAGACUUUUUACAACCUGACAUUUGGUCGGAUGUUCACGUCAAAUUCUCUCAUUUGGAGAGAACACUUGCCUUCACCGAACUGAGCGAUAUAUACGUGUCCUCAGUUUGCAAUGCUCUUGAUAUACUGGACAUUGACAUCUCUCACAAACCAGUUGAAUGGUUCGUGGUCAAUAUGAAUCAACUGUAUAGACUUUUGGAACCUAGCAUCAAAACAGAUAAUGUUCGCAUUCAAACUGCGUUGCACCCGGUACUGGUACACAUCUACAAAGCUAUAUACGAAACAACGAAAGAUGAAACUAGUGAAACGGAAUCACAACAUCCAGAUGUCACAGCGUUGACCUCACUGAUUGACUCCACCAUUACCGACGGCCUUACUAGCAUGAGCAAUACGUAUACUGUAUUGAAAUUAUUAGAGGCAGCAUCCAGCAGUCGAACUGAACACCUCGAUGGAUUUGUUCCAGGCAUUGUCAAGGUUAUCCAAAAGUUGACCAAAGAGCAUACUGUUGGCAACACUACCGCGACCACACAACCGUCUGGACCUGAUAGCCCGGUCAAUCUUUUAAUUAUCGGCCUUCAAUUGCUGAAGAAGCGAAUUUCUCAUCUUGGUGACCAACGUAGAUGGUAUCUUACAUGUCUUAUUCAGUUGAUUGAAAAGUCACCAGAUACCGUGUUGCUACGUGCUAUCUUGGACAUGCUGCAGGAAUGGAUUUUGGGCAAGUCAGAGACAUUCCCAACCAUCAGGGAAAAGGCUGGCCUUCUUGUUAAAAUGAUGGCUUUGGAACGUCGCAAUGAUCAACAACUUACUGAAGACUUCCUUAAGCUUGUUAUCAAGAUUUAUAGCAAUCCUGUGUUUGCAAGAUCUGAACUCACUGUGAGAUUAGAGCAAGCAUUCUUACUUGGAACCCGAUGCGAAAAUCCGGAAAUUCGACAGCAAUUCUCGGAGAUCUUUGACCGUAGCAUUGGUAGAUCGCUGUAUACUAGGCUCAAUUACGUCCUUGGUGUGCAAAACUGGGAGUACUUGGCAAGCCAAUUCUGGAUUCAUCAAGCUUUAGAUUUAUUACUAGGUAUUAUCGAUGUUGAGGCACCUUUGCAGUCAUCGGCUUUCAGUUUGAAAGUGAAGUCCAUCAAAAUUCUAUCGAAUGACACUGAACCUAUGGAUAUGGAUGUUCCUGAAGCAGUCAGUAAGCUCAUUGACGAUCAUGAAGUAUUCCUUAGCUCUCUUCAAAACUUGAAAACCGGCUCUAUCAUCACACCAAUGCGACAGCUUCAACAUAUUGACGACAAUGUAGCAUACCAACUUUGGGUGCAUAUGUUCACUCUAUGCUGGGCUAACCUGUCAAGCACUGAACGACAUGAUAUGACCAAAGUGCUUAUCUCCUUGCUUUCCAAUGACUACCACAGCCGCCAAAGUCAGCAAUCCGCCAAUGUCAUACAGGCAUUGUUGGAAGGUGUAGCUCGAUGUCAUACUGCUGUCAAAUUGCCGACUCACUUGGUCAAGUACUUGGGUAAAGCGCACAAUGCAUGGCAUAUCGCUCAUGAAAUACUACAACAAGCUAUUCCCAACGGAAGAGGCGGUGAGAUCACUAAAGAUGAUCAAAAUAGUCGUGAGCGAACACUUGACGCACUUGGUGAACUGUACACCGAUCUGUCUGAAAACGACAUGUUUUAUGGUUUGUGGAGACGACGAUGCGCGUACACUGAGACAAAUGCGGCUAUUUCCUGUGAACAGUUUGGAAUGUGGAUGCAAGCUCAGAACAUGUACGAAAACGCUCAGAUCAAAGCGCGAAGCGGCGUUCUGCCAUUCACUGAAUCGGAAUACAUGCUUUGGGAAGACCAUUGGAUUAUGUGUACCCAAAAGUUGCAACAAUGGGAUAUUCUUGUUGACCUGGCCAAGCAUGAUUCGAACACUGAUUUGCUCUUGGAAUGUGCAUGGAGACUAUCCGAUUGGACUGCUGAAAGAGAGCUUUUGGAACAAACCAUUCAACAACUCUCUGAUUCUCCUACGCCAAGAAGAAAGGUCUUUGAGGCCUUUAUGGCACUGGUCAAAUCUCAAGCAAAUAAUGACAAGCUUCAAGAGUUCAACAGAACAUAUGAAGAAGGCGUUCAACUCUCAUUGAGGAAAUGGCAUUCACUGCCCAAUAUUGUGUCUAAUAGCCACUUGCCAUUGCUACAAAUUUUCCAGCAAUACAUUGAACUGCAAGAAGCUAGUCAGAUAUUUAAUAGCUUGAUGACUACUACGGCGCAAAAUCUCGAUACGCGAUCAGCCGAACUCAAAAGUAUUCUCACAACAUGGAGGGAGCGUCUACCUAAUACUUGGGAUGAUAUCAAUGUUUGGAGCGAUCUUGUGGCAUGGAGACAGCAUAUAUUCUCAGCUAUCAAUCGUACAUAUCUCCCGUUAAUUCCCCUGCUGCAGCAACCUGCUGGAGGUGCCAAUACCGGCAAUGCUCAUUCAUACGCCUACCGCGGUUACCACGAGACUGCUUGGAUCAUCAAUCGAUUUGCUCACGUUGCUCGCAAACAUCAACUAUACGAUGUCUGUAUCAACUAUCUCACCAAGAUUUAUACCUUGCCCAACAUUGAGAUCCAAGAAGCUUUCUUAAAGCUACGAGAACAGGCAAAAUGCUAUUACCAAAAUCCUGCUGAAUUGACCGCCGGACUUGAUGUCAUCAACAACACUAACUUGGUGUACUUUGGUCAGCAGCAGAAGGCAGAAUUCUUUACAUUGAAGGGCAUGUUCCUUGUUAAGCUGAAUCAUUACAACGAAGCCAACGAAGCAUUUGUCAAUGCUGUUCAAAUCGACUUGGCACUUCCAAAGGCCUGGGCUGCAUGGGGACAGUAUAAUGAUCACAGAUUCCGAGAGAAUCCAAAGGAUCUAAGCUGGGCUAAUAAUGCUGUUAGCUGCUAUUUGCAAGCCGCUGGAAUUUACAAAAGCUCGAAGGCACGAAAGUAUCUCCUUCGAGUUCUUUGGCUUCUUAGCUUGGAUGAUGUCCAAGGCACUGUAUCUCGAGCUUUCGAAAGCUAUAAGGGUGAAACACCUGUUUGGUAUUGGAUUACCUUUAUACCACAGCUCUUGACAGCUCUUCAACAUAAGGAAGCUCGACAUGCACGAACCAUACUGGUACGAAUUGCCAAGCAAUUCCCUCAGGCACUGCACUUCCAAUUGAGAACACAAAAGGAAGAGUAUCUUUUGAUGAAGAAACAAGGACUAGCUCCAGCUUCCGGAGGCGCAGCGGCAGCUUCCGCUACAACAACGGCUACAGGUAGCUCACCAGCAACUGUACCCACAACACCAGAGGUAAAGACUGAAGGCGCCAAUGCUGCUUCAGCAACACCAAAUACUCAGGCUACCGAUGUUGAUACUGCUAUGCAGGAGGCAAACGGCAGUGCGACUAAUGCAGACGGCGACGAAAAGUCAACAAUAGGUCACGAUGUGAAGAUUGAGAAUGUUGAUACCAACAUGGCAUCACAGGCCUCUCCUUCAGAACAAUCGCCACCGGUACAGACACCACAAGGUUCACCUCAAGGUCCUGCUACAUCUCCUCUUGCUAACAUGUCACCUGCCGGACAACAGUCUCCUCUCUCAAAUGCAUCUAAUUCACAAGGUCAAACGCCAGUAACGACUGCAAGCCAGGAUGGAGUCAAGCCCGGUGCUAGUCCAGCCACCUCACAAGCGACCACUGCUGCUGCCAACGCAGUUGCUGCAGCUGCUGCCGCUGCUAACGGUACUAAGCCUAACACCACACCACCGGUCAGCCAGAAUACCAUGCCAAGACAUCCUUGGGAACUUGUGGACGAGAUCAUGUCUAUGCUCAAAACUGGAUAUCCACUGCUGGCUUUGUCUAUGGAAACGAUGGUUGAUCAAAUUCAGUUGAAAUUGAAACCUCAAGCUGACGAGGACAUGUACCGCUUGAUUGUGGCUCUGUUAAAUGAUGGCAUACAGCAAUUGCUUGCACGUCUGUCUAAUCCCAACGAUACUGGACAGUUAUCACCUGCAACUCAGACUAAUAUAUCUCGAUUUGCCGAAAACCUGUAUCCUGGGCAGAUGAAGGCUGCGUUUUUGAAUGAUUUCAUUAAGGCUAAGCCUAAUCACGCACAAUAUGUUGCCAAGCUCCGAACUUGGCGUGAUAAAUUUGAGGCAAUGCUUGAUAGCCGAUCACGAAAGCAAAAACUCGAAAGCGCCAGUCAUUAUUUGAUAGAAUUCCAGCACCAAAAGUUCGACGAUGUUGAAAUUCCUGGACAGUAUUUGCUGCUCAAGGACAACGCAAAUGAUUUCCUGCGUAUCGAUCGUUUCCUUCCGGAGAUUGAGGUCAUCAGAGGUUAUGGCAGCUGCCUUCGACGUAUCACUAUUCGUGGACACGACGGUAGCUUGCACCCGUUCAUGGUACAAAACCCUGCUGCUCGCCAUGGAAGACGUGAGGAGAGAAUCAUUCAGCUGUUCCGAAUUUUGAAUGGUGUUCUACAACGACGCAAGGAAAGCCGUAUGCGAAAUCUCUCAUUCCAUCUUCCCAUCAUUGUACCUCUUGCGCCACAUGUUCGAUUAGUGCAAGACGAUCCAUCGUAUUGCUCUUUACAAGAAAUUUACGAAGAUCAUUGCGACAACGUUGGAAUCCAUAGAGAUGAACCCAUCAUGUACUUUAUUGAAAAGAUCCGCGCAAACAUUGAUGCAAAGAAAGCUAUUGCUAACCAAAAGACAGAAUUACUCAACCUUCGUCUCGAAAUUAAUGAUGAGAUCGCAUCAAGGAUGGUACCAUCUAAUGUUCUCACCAAGUACAUGCUCAAGACAUUGAACUCCUACACAGACUACUGGAUGGUUCGCAAACAGUUCACUAAUCAACUUGCCACUGCAACUUUCAUUACGUAUGUUAUGAGCAUUGGUCAUAGACAGCCAUUCAAAUUCUGCAUCUCGCGAAGCACUGGUAAUAUCUGGAUGGUGGAUAUGCUGCCUGUCUGGAAUCAAACUACACCUAUUCUCGGCAAUGGGGAAUCUGUUCCCUUCCGCUUUACUCCUAAUAUCCAAAACUUCAUUACGCCAAUUGGUAUAGAAGGUGUUUUCACUAGCAGCUUGAUGGCGGUUGCCCGAUGCUUGACAGAACCAGAAUUUGAACUGGAUCAGUACCUAAGCAUUUUCAUUCGUGAUGAACUUGUCACUUGGCACACCAUGAACCACCGUCCAAUUACCGAUACUCAGCUGCGUGAGCGUAUCACCACCAAUGUAUUCCAAAUUCUCAAGAGAACCCAGUUUUUGUCAUGUCGAACAGAACGUGAUAAGGCCGUCCAUGCUAAUAAGCCGGCAAAUCAAAGCAUCAUAGACCUCAUCUCGCAGGCAAGUAAUCCUCAGAAGAUGGCUCAAAUGGAAUGCACAUGGAUGCCUUGGCUGUAAACGACACAUCUUAAAAGAUAUUAUAUGAAAAAAACUUGUCACUGCCAUAUACAGUAUCUGGUUGCUGCUGUAAAUAUGCUAUUAUUUCAACCCUUUAUAAUUUGGUCUUAUAUUUUUUCCUCUGCUUUUUACAAAUGAAUACAAAAACAACUCUCAGUUGAAAAGUUUUAAACAAUGACAUA